UCUUUCUGUUUUCUAUCAAAGACCAGAAAUGGAAGGCCCUUUAAGCAAGUGGACAAAUGUCAUGAAAGGGUGGCAAUAUCGUUGGUUUGUUUUGGAUGAUAGUGCUGGACUUUUGUCUUAUUACACGUCAAAGGACAAGAUGGUGCGAGGUGCUCGUCGAGGCUGUGUUCGUUUACGUAAUGCAGUUGUUGGCAUUGACGAUGAUGAUGACAGUACCUUCACCAUCACAGUUGAUGCUAAAACUUUCCACUUCCAGGCUCAUGACCGGGACGAGAGGGAGACCUGGAUAAGGGCUCUAGAGGACACCAUCCUACGUCAUGCACUAGCCAUGACCAAACGUUGGGACCCCUCGCGCCCGCCUCCCACCAUGGCAGAUUUUGACAAGAAGCUCACAGAGAGCGACGCCUACCUGCAGCUGCUCAUUGACCAGGCUCGUCAGCUCGAGCGCCACCAGCCCAGUGAUGAAGAGGAGCGUCGCCGCUGCCUGCUGGUGCUGGACAAACUCAACACGCUCCUGGAGACUGUCAAGCACGCCAUCGUCUUGCUGCAGAUCGCCAAGAACACAGCGUUCCCUGCCAACGACGUGUACCAGCCCUGCAACGCCCCCAGCAGCAGAAGCCUCCCUGCCCCUGCUGCUGACCUCAUCAGGAAGGCGGGCAGCAGCGGCAACGUCUGCAGCAGCGGCAACAGCAGUGAUGAUGGAGCUGUAGUCGUCAGGAGUGCCUCAACACGAUCGCGUUGUGGGGAAGGCAGCCGCGUCCUCCCCGCGGGACUCACGGCGUCCCCGACACAGCGGCGCCUCGCGCGCCCCGCCGCGCACGGCCGAGCGCCGCCGCCCGUCGCCGACGACGCUGACAGCGACGACCCCAUCAGCUUCAUGGCCGAGCAUGUCCUGACCGGCAUAGAGGUGGGGCGAGAGGUGCUGUGCAGCGCCUCUGUCAGCGCGCGCUGCAACCUCGACGACCUCACCUCCUCCAGGAGCCUCCCUGACGUGCCGGUGACUUCGUACUCAAGUUCUGAAGACGAAGACUUCUUCGACGCCGACGACUACACGCCUGCUGGGCCUAAGUUGUUCGACGGAGACUCGUGCAAAGAUGACGGUCACACAGACGGCUCGGCUGAGGGACUCCUGGCAGACUCUGCUCGCCGCGUCGACUCCUAUAACUCCACGGAGUCUUCCUCCUCUGCACGCGACAUGAAGAACUCCAGCGUCGUCUCCACACCCCCGCUGGCUGCUGCACCUCCUGCCUCCAACGCUGCAGGAGGUGUGGACUACGACGCCCUGUACGAUGAAGAUGAUGAGGACGAUCAGGUCUCCAUGGAGAGCCACGGCUUCAUUAUCCAACAUCUCAUCUCGCAGGUCAAGAUCGGCAUGGACCUGACCAAGGUUGUGCUGCCAACCUUCAUCCUCGAGCGGCGCUCCCUGCUGGAGAUGUACGCGGACUUCUUCGCCCACCCUGACCUCUUCUGCAGCAUCCCACACGGCAAGGACGCCAGGCAGCGCAUGGUGACGGUGCUGCGCUGGUAUCUCUCCGCCUUCCACGCCGGCCGCCGCAGCGAGGUGGCUAAGAAGCCCUACAACCCCAUCAUAGGGGAGGUCUUCAGAUGUCACUGGGACGUGCCAGGCGAGCAGAGCUGCGGCGGCAGGAGCGGACGCCCUGGGGACGAGCCUGGCAAGCCCCUCCGCUGGGUCAGAGACGACCAGCUCGCCUUCGUCGCCGAGCAGGUGUCGCACCACCCGCCCAUCUCUGCCUUCUAUGCGGAGAACAUCGCCAAGCGCAUCAGUUUCUGCGGACACAUUUGGACCAAGUCCAAGUUCCUGGGGCUGAGCGUGUGUGUCUACAACAUCGGCCAGGGCUGCGUCAGUGUCUUGGACCACGACGAGGAAUACAUAAUCAACUUCCCCAGCGGCUACGGCAGGUCCAUCCUGACGGUGCCGUGGGUGGAGCUUGGUGGCUCCUGCCAGAUCACCUGCAGCAAGACGGGCUACAACGCAAACGUUGAGUUCCUCACCAAGCCUUUCUAUGGAGGCAAGAAGCAUCGGGUGUCUGCGGAGGUUUUUAGUCCUGGUGAAAAGAAACCGUUUCUAACCGUGGACGGCGAGUGGAACGGAUCCAUGACUGCUAAAUGGUCUGAGGACGGCCGCACUGAGACCUUCAUAGACACGCGCUCGAUGGGCAUUGUGCGCAAGCAGGUGCGGCCCAUCGCCCAGCAGGAUCCCAACGAGAGCAGAGCGCUCUGGAAGGAGUGUACCGCGGGACUCAAGUAUAACAACAUUGAGGCGGCAACAGAGGCCAAGUCUGCGCUGGAGCAGAAGCAGCGUGAAGAAGCUAAGCAAAGAAAAGAAGCCGGCGAAGCCUGGCAAACCAAGCAGUUCUCUUUGCUCGGUGAGAACUGGGUUUACUACGCGCCUCUUGGCACCAGGAUGAGCUGCGGAGGUUCUGCGGCCAGCUAGGAUAUGACCCUACCUCCAGCUAGGAUAUGACCCUACCUCCAGCUUUGAUAUGAUUAUUACCACUUCUUCUCCUUGUCCGCGUAUUGCAUAGGUUCAGAUCUUGAGUUACGGGGUAGCAUAUGCUCUUCGUUUGCACAUCUCAUGAUCGAUAUCUUGAUCUGUAGGAUUUAAAAAUCGCUGUCGACAUCAUAUAGUUCGUCAGUUCAUACCAAGAACGCUUGUUGUAGAAAUAAUAAGUUAAUAAGAAAUAAGCGCUUAUACUUCCUGCAAUUUUUUGCAAAAGGAAGAAAUUCAUGGUGUCCCAUCUUAAAGACAUUGUUCUCGUGAAAGUUUGCUGUGCAACAUAAUUCCAUCAAUAAAGUGAUUCAUUGUUGGCUUUAUUGUUGGCUGUUGUUAACAAAAUGUUUGACUUCUCUGAAUGACGUGAUCAAACAGUGAGUGUUUCCAGUUACCUGGUUUCGAGUUACUUGCCAUGAUGAGAUUUUUUAAUCAAUAUUUCUUCUUAAGUUGGUCAGUGAGUAGCGCCGGUUAGAAGUGAAGGCGAGGGAGAGAAAACGGGUAUUGAAGCGAUAUAUCUCCAAAUGCUGCGGCCAUCGUUUCUACAAGUUACAAUUUAAACGGAACGCAAAGUGGUUAAGCCAAAAUCUAAACCAAGUGGCUACAUCAGAUGCUGUUUUAUGUUCAAAAUCCUGCUUCUGAAGUCAUCACGUCGCAUCUAGUCGCCACUUAAGGUUUCAGUUUUAUGAUCUCUUUGUAAGCGAAGUGAUGCCGUCUUAAAGACUGCAGUGCUCAUCUUAGCACGAUAUUUUCCAUGAGCUUUAUGUCGUUUAGUUUGUAAUCCACUGUUAUGAUAUUGAAAUAAUAUAAUGGUUUCAAAACUCGUAAUAACUAGAUUUACUUCUGCCGCUGACCAUUAUCAGUUACGGAACAGCGCCCUCGGUUGUAUCCUCAGCAAUAUUAAGUUACCGUCCAUUCUGGUAAGAAUUUUAUUUGUAGCAAAAAGGCCGAGAGAAAAAGUUGUUGUAAGCAACUAUCAAUUCGUAAACAAGUGAUGAAUAAUAUCUUAUUUCGAUAGUGCCUGAAUUAUAAAGGGAUUUGUCCUCAAACUUUCCUCAUUAUUUUUCAAAUCUCGUAAUUCUGAAAAGUCCUACUUUAAAUUAGGACGUGGAAAGUGAUUGACAGUGUUCGUGGUUUGUGAUUGUUUACAAAGUCCUCAGCGCGGAUUGGCACGGUCUUACUGUUCUCCUAAAAUAUCUGAUGACACUACCUAAAGAUAUUCAAAUUCAUCGUAUAGGUAACGGAUUUAUAGUGGCACAAGAAUCAAUGCAUACUUUUUUUUGCACGACUCCCAUGGACGCCGCUACAGUUUAUCUAAUUUCUGUGAAAAUCUCAGGGAUUCAGUCUUCACCGGAGAAUAAUUGUGCUCGGGGCUGUAUUUUGCUAUAACAAAUACAUAGGUGAAGGAUUUUACUCUACGACAUUCCUUUAAUUUAUCGGAUUUAUUUAUGUCCAUAAAGUGAGC